AUGGGUAAGAAUGAAGAAGAUAGAGCCCCUGCAAGAAAUUGUCUUGGAGCUCAAAGUGUACAUGCAUUGCAAAGCUUGUGCAAGGACAGUGUGAAGAGUAUAAAGGUAGGCAUGGAACCCAACCAGGCAAUCGUGGCAGGUUCGAUUGAACCAGAAGAGGUGGUGAAGAAACUCAAGAAGAAGACUGGAAAACGCACGGAAAUCAUUAGCAUUCACAAUGUGAAUGAAACAGUGGAGGCAGAUGAGAGCGAGAAUGCAGAGACAGAUACUCAAGUCCCCUUCGAUAGUUACUCGGAUCAAGGAAACUAUGUGACAGAGAUGUUUAGCAAUGAAAAUCCUAAUUCUUGUUCGAUUCUAUAG